AUGUAUGCUUUGCAGCCGAUGAACGAGCAGGAGCAUCUCGUGGGCGAGGACCCUGAGUCAGCUGACUUCAGUCACUCGGACAGGGAGAAUCAGCAAAUACAGGUUUGCCGUGCAGCACGGCAUGGCUUGCUUGCAGUUGCUGUCUUUGCAGUCAUCGGCGUCGGAUGCCUUCACUUCUCAGGGAGCCAGGCCGCACACGCGACCGUCAAGAACACGCAGGUGAAGGCAGGGAUCUAUGGCAAUGGAGCCUGGGGAUCGCAGCUCGAGGCUUCUGCACCAGCGCCGGCCGCAGCGCCGGCCGCAGCGCCGGUUGCUGCACCGGCAGUCGCAGCGCCAGCACAGCCAGCGGUGCCGGCUGUGCCAGUACCUGCGGUCCCAGCGGUGCCGGCAGUGGAAUCCAAACCAGAGCAUGCGGUCAUCAACCAGCAGAUUGACUCAGUGAACCAGCUCACGGGCGGCACCGGGGUUUCCAAAGUGGUCAGCGCACAAUCGACUAACAAUCCACUGGCUCCGAAAGAGAACCUCGCAGAUGGCAAUGAAUGCUCUGAUGACGAGGAGGAGUUGAAUGAGAUGUGCUAUAAGAAGUGCGCCAUCUUGACAAAUGGCGAGAUGCCGAAGCGCGUCAGUGCCUUCGAAUGUUCCAAGAGCGAAGGCUUCAUGGGCGUUAUGAAGGGACAGACACAGGGCUUCCCUAUGCCAUGCCAGGGCUAUGAUGUUGCUGGCGAUGAGGCUGGGGGUGGCUGCCCACACAAGAAAGGUGCAUGCCUGAAGAAUGAAGAGCUCUACUUGGGCAAGUGUUUCAAGAGCUGCGCGACACUGACCCAGAACAUGUACACAGUGCGAACCGGUGCUGAAACCUGCUGCAACACUGAGAACGUGUUCUCCUGCAUGAGUCCCUCCAACACGAAGUUCUCUCCGGACUACAAUGUCGGAGGUGGCAUGAACAGCAAGGAGUCCGACCCUCACAGCCCAGAAGUGAAGCUCACGGAAGCGCGAUGA